AUGCUCAUAGAUGAGUUCGUGCGGCCGGUGCACGCGGUGCAUUCGGGAAGCGCACAAUCACCGGCCAGCAAGAGGGACGAGCAGAGGCAGAAGCGGCGGCAGAUGAAGCCUGAUCCGAAACAAAAGCCGCAGAGGCCAAGUUUCAGCAUGAUCAGCAAUCUGACCGCUGAGGCACUGCAGUUCCUCCUGCAGCAGCCCAGGAACCGUCUGCUCAUCGAGGAGUCUCACGAGCUUCAGGCCGGCACUGAGAUGGGCAAGUACAUUGAGUCCAAGACUGGGCAAGAGGAGGAGUUCUACCAAAAGCGCGCUAGCAGGCCAGCGGCCGGACACCUGCGGCCCUUCAGCUACGCGCGGCGCCUGGCCCGGGAGGUCUUUGCCGGCUGGCGCCUCCAUGUCGCCACGCUGAAGGAGCAGGGUGUGCCCAGAAGGCAAAGGAGGUCGUCAUCAGUGCUCCUGGUGCACGAUGUCAAGGUGCCUUUGCAGCUUAGAGAACGUUCUGAUACCGAGUCGGAGGAGGAGGAGGAAGAGGCUGGCGAAUCCAUUUUCGCCCCCCUCGUCUUGGACGCGUCUGCCUUUCGAACUGCCUUCACAGUGGGGAGCCUCAUGGCCAGUCGCAUCAAGGCGCAGAAGCUGAAGGAGGAGGGCAAGACCGCGCCAUCCUAUGCAAAUGUGCAGGCAGUGACGGAGGUGUCGCUGCAGGAGAUUCCUCCACCUCCGGAGGAAGAGUCUCCGGCAUCGGAAGCGAAAUCAUCCAGGAGGCGGCAAGCGAAAAGCAAUGCCAAGGGGACGCGGUGGGGCGAGGACUUCACCAGCCUCGACGAUCGCCAGCGCCGGGAGCGGCUGCUGAACGACUCCUCGUAUGUGGGCUUUCAGCUGCACAAGCUCCGGCGCACUCAGCUGUUCCAACGGCAGCUCACAGACACAGCGGAGAUCUUUGACAGCGGAGGACCUCGCAAGCUCCGGCGGAAGGCCAAGUUUCGCCUCGAGGGCAGAUUUCUUGCUCGGAGCAGUCCAGGUCCAAGGAGGAGUCCGUGA